CCUCAACACCAUCGUCCUUCGUCAUCCUCGCCUCCCUCAUGGCUGCAACUUACUGGGGAGUUGACCGAGUAUGCCCUCUUUACCCCUGGAAGACGUCAAGAUAGACGGACGCGAAACCGGCAAAGCGAAAAGUCCUGUCGAUCAUUUUCAAAUCCGCACAGCAAUUGCUGCGUUCUUUUGUCUCUGGGUUCUUAUUUGGACUCAAGGACUUGGGUUAUGGCAGAGAUGGAGCUAUUCUGAGAGCGCGCCUGAGCCCCAAGGAGGAGGAUUCAGUAAAAGCUUUGUGGAAGCAUUCAACGAUAUAACUCCGAGUGAGAAGCUCGAAUGGCAUCGUUGCUCCGAAGGAAACUUCUGUGCGCGGUUGACCGUUCCAAUGGACUACAAACGACCCCUGUCUGGGUCUCGCCGGCGGCAUCCAAAGGUUCAUAUUGCCAUGGUGCUGAUCCCAGGGGCGAAUCAUACGUCGGGCGAGCAUUUCAGCGCGUCACCCGUGUUGGUGAACCCUGGUGGUCCAGGAGGCUCAGGAAUUGACUUCGCCCGUAGAUCAGCCAAAAGCCUGCAGGCUCUUUUCGGCGAAGAUCAAGAUAUUAUCGGUUUUGAUCCACGUGGAGUCGGAGAAACUACGCCUGGAGUUGAUUGCUUCUCUUUCCCGUCACAGAAAGCAGGACGCAUUGCUUCAGAGCCGCCCUCAGAGCAGGACAUUCUUCACGGACGGUUCAACUCUAUGCUUUUCGAUAUCAGCAACCCUGGCCUUGUCAACUCCAGCGGCAAUUCGCUGGAAUCACUCGAUGUUAGAUGGAGAGCUAUGUCCGGUCUCUGCACUCAUAAGGAUGACAUCUACGGAGAGAACAGUAUCUUGAGGCACCUCAGUACUCCGGUGGUUUCCAGGGAUAUGCUUUCGAUAGUUGAGGCUUGGGAUGAAUGGAUCGAAGCAUCUCCAAGAGAAAAAUAUCCCCUUGAGAGACCUUAUUCACAUCUGAAGGGCCAACUAUCUUAUUGGGGCGGUAGCUAUGGCUCGCUCCUUGGCGAAACAUUUGCAGCAAUAUAUCCCGAUCGUGUUGGAAGGAUGGUUUUGGAUGCAAUCGUCAAUGCGGACUACUACGUCACCCCGAUUUGGGUUGAUGCUCUCACAGACGCAGAGAACGUGCUGCAAUCCUUCUUUCGGUACUGCCAUCUCGCCGAAAGUAGCUGUGCGAUAUAUCGAUCUGGAGAUAGAUCUGAGGAUAUUCGAAUCCGGUACUCCGCCAUCAUGGACCGGUUGAAGGCGCAAACAGGAGUCGCAGCAAUCUAUCCGCGAACCCACCAGCCGGUAGUGGUAACAUAUAGCCAUAUACGACAGUUUAUUUUCCUCGCGCUGUAUCAACCGAUUCGCCUCUUUCCACUAGCCGCGGAAGUGCUGGAUGCCCUCUAUCGAGAAGAGCAUUCGAAGCUGUUCAACGAUUACAUCUCUUUACCGGAGCUCCAAGCUAGUCUAGGCAGAUUCUGCCCCUGCGAUGACUCAGUUCCAGCACAGGGGAUGAACGUGUACAGCCAUUGGGAGGCAAAUAUGGCUAUCAAAUGCAGCGACAAACGCUACAUUCUCAACGAGACUAUCCCCAAUCUCACGACUCUCUUUGAACUUCUCUCGACCAACACGUCUUGGGGAGAUGUCUGGAUGACCUGGCAACUUGGCUGUGAUGGCUGGAACAUCCAGUCAGCAGAUCCACCUCUUCCUUGGGACCCAGACGAUUAUUCCUUCUCGAUACCUCAUGACAGGCAAGUGAACACGACGAACCCGAUUCUAUUCCUUUCCUCGUCGUACGACCCGGUAUGUGCUAUCGAAGGCGCGGUCAAAAUGGCCCGGCGGUUUGCUGGUGCGGGCUUCGUGGAACAGAAGUCUAUAGGCCACGGCACGUUUUCAACUGCGUCCAGGUGUACGACGGACGUGGUUCGGAGAUAUUUCAAGCAUCUAGAGGUUCCGGAUGGAUCGCUUGAGGAUAGAACAUGGAAGACUUGCGAGCCGGAUGAGUGGCCUUGGAAACCGUUUCAGAAACAAGAUUGGAUGCAGCAGUUUUCGGGGCCCCGGAGCGAAGAAAGAGAGGAUCUUGAAGCUGUCGGGGCUAGGAUGGAAGCUUCUAAGGGCAUCCAGGAGUUUCUGGCAAGAAGAAAGACGGUGGGUUACUAGCAGUCACGCGAGGGGCGAAUAGUACGGGUAUCGCAGGUGAGAGAGCACGUGUUUUGCAGAGGAGUAAACGCAUGCUCAAGAUCAUGUUCAUGGUCGGAUGGGGACAUAUCCACAUUGCGUGGCAAUGGCCAAGAAAUCCACCGAGUGCAGUGAACGCUCACCUACAUUAAUACAUUCACAAAGAGCGCAUCAUUGUGUGGAGUUGGUGAUAUUCAAGAUCACAGUUUCACUGAGCGUCUUCAGCACACGGAGAUGAACAUCAGACAAGAGCAAGACCAAUGAAAAUAAGACAUUCGAUUUC